AUGACAAAGUAUCAUUCGAAUAUAAUUAUUAUUUGUCUUAUAAUAUUUUUAACUGUCAGUCUAUUUAUCUAUUGGCACUAUGUUUUGUCAUUUUCCAAACGAUUACGAGUAUCAAAAAGAUUAGUUUAUUCUGGUAUUACUAUCAAUUCAUUUAAUCCAUUUCGUCUUAAUCUUACAUUUAACACAAAUAUUAUUGAAUCAAAUAUUUUAUCUAUUAUUGAUAAUAAUGCUAUUCUUGUACAAUUGUCUAAACCAUCACAAACAUCGACUAUUACAAUGAUAUUAUCAGAUGGAUUUCAUCAUUUAGAUAUUUUACUUCUUGAUGAAAUAGAAAAUAUUGAAUUUUAUCAAGCAAUUGACAUUGCAUCGGGUAGUCAAUCUUUAAAAGUUACCGUUUUAGAUCAACAAUAUAAACCGGUUGAAAAUAUAUCAGUCCAUUUAGAACUAGUCGAUUAUUCACAUAUUACUCUUGAAUAUUAUACAAAUCAUUUUGGUGAAGUUAUUUUUCAUUAUUUACCAAAAAAUAUUCAAAUAUUUAUUGAAGCAAUUUAUAUGAACUCAAAACGUCAUGCAUUUGUUGAAAUAGAUACUGAUCAUUAUCAAAAUAUAACUCUAAUAUUAAAAGAUAUGAGUGUAUUACAUGAUGAUGAAUAUAGUCCAUUGGAUCAAGGAUAUUAUGCUAGUUAA